AUCGUGCCCAAUUACGGUGGUUUUUGGCAAUUUACUCUCCCAGUCCCGACGCCGCGGUCGCAGCCGCAGCCGCAGCCGACUGGACGCCGCAAGCCGCGCGCAGCGCCGGUGAAGAGCCGGACCUGUCACCUCCUCCGCUCCCGUCAGUUCCGGCCACUUCACUGCGAGCCCCACUGACCCUCAAAGGCCUCAACAUGGCAGGUCUGCUGCUGCGUAGAUUCAUCGGGAUCCAGCCCCGGGCGCCGAUGACCGCCGCCGGUGGAGCCGCGCUCUUCUACGCCUCGUGUCCCUCGUCGCCCCGCACCGUCGCGCACCUGGAGGUGAGGGGGGAACAGGCCGCUGCUGAAGCUGAAUUAUCAAAGAAGAGUUGUAUCCCAUGCAAUUCAAAGGAUCUGCACGCCAUGUCAGAAGAUUCUGCUAAAAAGUCCCUUGAACAGGUGACUGGUUGGGAACUGAAAAAUGAAGGUGACAUUUUGAAAUUACACAGAGCAUGGAAGGUGAAGAAUUUUGUAAAAGGACUUGAGUUCUUUCAGCUUGUUGCUGCUGUUGCUGAGGAAGAAGGUCACCACCCAGAUCUUCAUCUCGUCAGUUGGAACAAUGUGAAAAUCGAUGUCUGGACUCAUUCAGUCAGAGGUUUAACAGAUAAUGACUUCAUCCUUGCUGCAAAGAUCAAUGAACUCAAGCUAGAAGGCCUUUUGAGCAAGAAAAAGGCUACUUCCCAUGAGUAGCUUUGGGAGAUCAAGCAAAUGACCCUUGUUUUGCAUGCUCUCUGUUUUACUACCUUCGUCCCAUAAUAUAAGAGCGUUUUAUACACUAGUGUAGUGUCAAAAACGUUCUUAUAUUAUGAGAGUAACUUUUAAUGUGUAGACCCCAAGAAAUGUCCUUUUAUAUUGUCUGUGAUGAUUGUACAUGCCGUUCCAAAAUGAGUACUUCCGAUGUGAAUUCCACUUAA